AUGGAUCACUACGAAGAGUUUCAGAAACUACAGGAGCUGCUCAACGAUCCCAAGUACAAGCCGUUUAUCAAUGUGGCUAAGAAAGUGGUGUACUACACAUCAGUGUACCUGAUAUGGGCAUUGCAGACGAUCCAAUCGAUAGUACUCCGCUACCCGCAGAUAUCCGACUGGCUCGGAUAUCUGUUCUCAUUGUACAUGGUAUACCAGACUCUCAAACGUACUGUUCGUAUGGUCCGGUCUUCUGGAUACCUCAUUUUCCUGUUGCUCGGUAUAUACGUAUGGAGAAGAGGCAUUUCUCAAGUAGUCCUAAUGGACAUGCCAUAUCUUAUUGACAGGCUCAAGAAGUACGUGAAAAAUCUGCCAAAUGACAGCAAGGUCCACCGGACCUUCGCACAGGAUAUCAGUUCCCCCGUGCUAGAGCUAUACUACGCAAUCCAAGACCUCUUCUAA